AUGAAGGAUUCCAAUGUUGAGAAUCAUCAGCGGUUGGGCACGCCGCUCCGAAAGUGCCGCACUCGGCUCCUUUCAGCAUUCGCCGUUCUCAUCGCCCUCGCCUGUUUCGCGCGGUUGAGCCACCAGACGGGGAUCGGCACCCCGAUCGCCCCUGCUAGGAAGGAUGACACGGUGGCUGAUCAAGCAAAUGUACCACAGAACUCCCGUAGUGAGAAGGAUCGCAGUCCCACCCAGAAGGUUGAUCCUGCAAUGAGAACUGGAAACGUGGAAGCUGGGGCAGUAUUAGAGGUCAACAAACAGCAAUCCGUGGCACGUGACACAGAAGAAAAAACGUCGCCAGCUAGGCCACUUCACAGUGAGUUUGCUGGUCUCGUUCCACACCAAGCACAUGAUCCAAAAGUAUCGAAGCAUGCGACGAAGAGGAAGCAUCGUGGUGGGCGUAUUGCAGAAGCUGUUCAUGAGAAAGAAAUACAGCUUUCACCGUCUCUUGCUACAGCGCCGAAGGCCGCGACUUCUAGACAGAUCGGAGGAGUAACCAACAAAAAAGGUGAUAACGUCAUUGGUGAGAAGAAACCUGUGGGAAAUCAGGCAGACGAGGAUGCCAAAGUUACGGCGGAAAUUGGGCUCCUCAGAACCGAACCAUCAGAACCGGAUGCGUCGUCGUCGUCGGAAGGUUUUGGAGAGUCAGAUGCGUCUUCGAUGACUUAUGACGACUCGUGGCUCAAGUGGAUGUACGGAGAUGCAGAGGAAGAGCACUUAAACGAGACGUCAACUGCUGACGAAUUUGUUAACGACAUGCAUGAAAACAGUGACCAGGUAAAAGAGGGUAGUGACAGUGGUCAAGAGCCUUCGAGUGCGACUCUAGGCGCAACAUCACAAGACAUCACUGGAGAUCUGCAAAACGCUCUCCAGAAUGAGAGUGACGUGGCAAAUGCUGCGAGGGACGCAACAGAGUCUGCCAUUCGUGGAUCGGCUCAGAUAGAUGAGGAUGGAGAAGAGGAGCCGAAGACUGUAGAACGUGAGAUUGGCUCACCGCUUCCCGACUGGCGUACUCCGGCCCUGUCUCAGACCGCGGACCGAGGCGUUAGCGGGGCCAAUAAAAGCAGUGGUGCACGUGACUCUUCUGCUCGAGCGGGCAUCAAGGAAAGCGGACAAGGGGAGGGCAAAGGCGAUGCGGAUGCUCGUCAACGGGAAGAGCCAACGGGUCAUGACUCUGCUUCACGUGUCCGUUUGGUCCCGGCAAGUAUGAGCAUGGCGCGUGCGUGGUGGGCAGUGAGCGAGAAUGAAGCGACCUCGUCUACAUUCCUCAUCGAUGCAUCUUCAACGUCUCUGGUAUUCCGCAACCAAACGUUCCCCCUGGAGGCGGGCAGCGUCUCAGAGAACCACGAUGUGCGAAACUUUGGAACUGUUCGCUCCGCAAACGUUGUCGCGUACCGGCACCAGAUGGCGUGCGGUGAGUUUCAGACAACCCUGCACCUUAUAAAUGAGAUGCCGUCCAUGUACAGCGUUGUCUGUACACUCGCCCACCUCAGUGCACUCGCUGAGGAAGCCGCUGCGGGACUGCAUGUGCCCGUUCAAUCGGCUGCAGUCCGCGCCCUGGCGAAAGUGAGCCGGUUAGCCAAUGCGAGGAAACACGCGAUUGAAGUGGCUCUCGCCAUGCGGAAACAUGUUGCCGAUGCGGCAUCGCGUCAGGAUUCUGUCAACCUUGGGCUUUUACUCAACAGCGUCAUGAUGGAACAACCUCAUCUCCGACCUGUCGGCACCGCUCUCAUGAUGAUGCUGAUGGAAUGCCGAGCCAGUUUGCCGUAUUUUCUGCGGGAGCAGAACGGCUACCCAGUCACACGUCCGGAAACUGUCCCCCAACCUCCUCACUUGCGUCAUAUGGAUGCAACUGACGCCAGGAUUCGCAUUCCUGUGGAUGCGCCCACUGUUUUCCCCAUCACGAUUGUGCCACCAUCUGGAGCUGGAGCGCACGCGUCAACAGAGAACGAGCCCUGGCGUCAGCCAAUGUACAAGGUUUUCUCCAGGUUGUGGUUCUUUGUUAUGCACGCCUAUCGCAUCGGUGAACGAUUUGACGACGUCUACAAAACGAAGCACGUGGACAAAAUCUUCCCGUCGCCUUGGCGGGUCACGUAUGUUGGCGUCGCUCUCUGGACUGAGUGGUUUCCCUUUCAUGAUGCCAAUAACCGGAUCUCUCCCGGAGGCCAGGAGGCGCUGGAGAAGUACAAGCUCAGGACAGUCUUGAAGCGCGUCCCGUACAGCCUUAAGAAACAGCUGUAUGUCGAAGAAACCCCGGAGACCCCUGCGCGUGUCAAAGGUGUUCUCCGACCGUUCACGGUCGACAAAUGUGAUCGCGAUUCAACCUAUGCAUCGACGGAAGCGUCUCCAUUUGUGGUGUUGUUGGAGAAGCGCCCGGAUGCUGCAGGAACUGGGGAACAAAAGAAAGCAGGAGAUGAACAGACGCUGAAGAUGCAUGACGCAGACGCUGUGUGGGUCAUCAAAGGCACGGACGGUGUUAAGCCAUGGGUCGUGAAUGCGCUGCUGCAAGUGGUCAAGGACCCGACUUUUUCGGAAGAGGGACUCGUUCACCAAGGUUUCUCAAGUUUCUUCCACCACGGUCUCCGUCGCCCUCUCACACGUUUUGCGUCAAAGGUAGCCAAAGCGGCCCGUGAACGAACUCGAGAGGACCCGUACUCCGUUGUGGUGACCGGCCACUCUCUUGGAGGCGCGCUGACGCUUCUUUCUGUCUGGUUCCUCGCCAGGACUCUGAAGCCUUACGUCGACGCGGGUGUAGUCGUCAUCUAUGGCGUCGUGUACGGCUCUCCAACGAUUGGAGACGCCGUUGCUUUACAAGAGCUAAAUUCAUGCGGCGCCAAAAUUUUCCGCGUACGUAUCGACCUGGAUCCGGUCCCGAUGAUGGGACAGACUGCAGGUGUCACCAAGCUCUACAAAGACGACAAAGACGACAUUGUGCUUCGCACGAACGACCUCGCAAACGUGACAUUGUGGAACCCAGAUGGGUCGUUGCUGUACAGCGGCCUUGUGUGGCUUCUGGACGCGGUGCAACCGUUUCGCAGGAGAAAGAAACUUCUUCGAUUGUUCGCCCGGCAUUUUGCUCUCCCGCAAUUCGUCCACACGUACAAUAACCCAAUGUACACCCACUUGCAUCUCUUACCGUGUAUCUUCACCAUCCUCACCGGCAUGUAUGAGGAAUAUGCGUGGAGUAGCUACUGCGCGGCACCGCUUCUCAGACGGUACCCGCUCUUCCCUUCCGUCUUGUCAGCAGAGUUAGAGGAAGAAAUGAAGCGUGUCCAUGAGCAAGAACUUCCUGGUGUCCUCAAACGGCUCGAGUCAAGACUGAAGAAUGAAUCUUGGGCUCGGAAGACACAGAAGCUCUUUCAGGCCGGGUUAGGGUUUUUCAGCAGAAAAAUCCAGUGA